CGGUUCUAACGCCUUACUUCGCAGGCAACGUUCUGCCGGUUAACAUUCUACCUAGAGCUCGCGAGUUCUCCAGUUUCCGUUCCGUGUUGGUUUUUGUUUUUGUGAAUCGUGCGGGGAAUCACCUUCUUCGUUGAAGAAUUAGGACUUUUUUUUCCUGGUGCGAAAAGAAAAUCGCAAAUUUCCGUUCCAAUGAAGGUCAUGGUUAGUGGAACAGUUGCUGUGCUGCUGAUGGCGGCGUUGGCGACAACCUACGCAGCGCAAUUCCCCGCCGGUUACACACUUUGCCCCAAGGACGAUCAGAAAUGUCUGUUCGAAAGGAUCGGUGCGACAUUUGCCAAGCAUGCCGCCGGUAUUCCCGCCAUCGACUUGGUCUCACUUGACCCGCUGAAGAUCCAAAAGAUGGACAUCGUCCAGGGUGGCGACGGACCGAUCAACAUUGUGCUCAACUUCAAGAACGUGGACCUGACCGGUCUGUCGGAGGCCGUCGUCAAGAAGGCCAACGGAUUCACCGCCAACCCCACCAAGAUGGAGCUGGGCAUUCUGGUGCCGGUCACGAGCCUGGUCGGUGGAUAUAAAAUCAACGGCAAGGUGCUGAUUCUGCCCAUCCAGGGAGAAGGCCGGAGCAAUAUGACCAUGGAGAACAACCACAUCCAGAUGAAGUGGACCGGCAAGCUGGUUGACCGGAACGGCAAACAGUACUACCAGCUGGACAAGCUGAAGGCCACCUUCGACACGACCCGGUUCCAUAUGCACUUCUCCAACCUCUUCAACGGCGAUAAAGCUCUCGGAGACAACAUGAACGUGUUCCUGAACGAGAACUGGCAGGACAUCCUGAUGGAACUGAAACCGGCCAUCAUCGAUGCCUUCGUGAAGAUCUUCCAGUCGGUGAUAUCGGGCGUAUUCAACAAGGUGCCUUACAACGAACUGUUCCAGUAAAGGAUCGGUGCGAUUUGUGUGGAACAGUGAGAUUGUAAGCGACCUUGAGUGAUGUACGUUUUGAGUGACUUUUUUUUGGAAUGUUGAAUAUAUGCUAGUGUUACAGCUUUUAUUUUCUAUGA